AAAGAUCGUCACGUUGAUCCGUUGGCUGCGAACAUUCUUCGAGAUGUUACGGUCCCAAAUCCAUGUGAUUCAUGGACACCUGCACAAGCAUUGGAUUUUGCCCUGUGACACCUUCAAGGAAGAAGGCUAUGAGCGAGGGGAAGGCAGAUGACAGAUAUGAAUGUAUUCCCUUGCUGUCCUGGUGGUUUAUGGCAUUCUCCAAACUCGUGCAAGGGCUAUUCCUCACCAAGAAGAUCCAAGGAGACCGUCUCUGAAUCAAAUCCUGAUGAAGAACUAAAAGGGAAAAGGUGAAUAUGGUUUUUGCUCACAGAAUGGAAGACAGCCAGCUGCCUUUGGUCAUUCCCACCCUUCUAGUGCCGCCCCCAAACCACAGCUGCCCUGAAGCAGGCACACCCCUGCCCAGCCAGGACCUGACGGAACCUAAUGCACAGCGCGGCUGGGUGGGCAACGCGACAGGCCCGCAGCUCGCACCGAGACCCGGGGAGGUGGCCGCAGCCAGCAUCUUCUUCGGGACCCUGUGGUUGUUUUCCAUCUUUGGCAAUUCUCUGGUUUGUCUGGUCAUCCACAGGAGCCGGAGGACUCAGUCCACCACCAACUACUUCGUGGUCUCCAUGGCGUGUGCCGACCUCCUCCUCAGCGUAGCCAGCACGCCUUUUGUCCUGCUCCAGUUCGCCGCCGGCCGGUGGACGCUCGGCAGCGCCAUGUGCAAAGUCGUGCGCUAUUUCCAGUAUGUCACCCCCGGCGUGCAGAUCUAUGUGCUGCUGUCCAUCUGCAUAGAUCGCUUCUAUACCAUCGUCUAUCCGCUGAGCUUCAAGGUGUCCAGGGAGAAGGCCAAGAAGAUGAUUGCCGCAUCGUGGGUCUUCGAUGCGGCAUUUGUGACCCCUGUGUUCUUCUUCUACGGCUCCAGCUGGGGCCGCCACUGUAACUAUUUCCUCCCGGCCUCGUGGGAGGCGACCGCCUACACCAUCGUCCACUUCUCUGUGGGCUUUGUGAUUCCAUCGGUCCUCAUCAUCUUAUUUUACCAGAAGGUCAUAAAGUAUAUCUGGAGAAUAGGCACUGACGGCCGAACAGUGAGGAGGACAAUGAACAUUGUCCCCAGGACAAAAGUGAAAACGAUCAAGAUGUUCCUCAUUUUAAAUCUCUUGUUUUUGCUCUCCUGGCUGCCUUUUCAUGUAGCUCAGCUGUGGCACCCACAUGAACGGGACUAUAAGAAAAGUUCUCUUGUUUUCACAGCAAUCACAUGGAUUUCCUUUAGUUCUUCAGCGUCUAAACCUACUCUGUAUUCAAUUUAUAAUGCAAAUUUUAGGAGAGGAAUGAAAGAGACUUUUUGCAUGUCCUCGAUGAAAUGUUACCGAAGCAAUGCCUAUACAAUCACAACCAGUUCAAGGAUGGCCAAAAAAAACUAUGUUGGCAUCUCAGAAAUCCCUCCCAUGGCCAAAAGUAUAACCAAAGACUCCAUCUAUGAUUCAUUUGAUAGAGAAGCCAAGGAAAAAAAGCUUGCUUGGCCCAUUAACUCGAAUCCACCAAAUACUUUUGUCUAAUUCCUGGGAAUCCUUUCAGUUAAUGUUAUGUGCCAGAGAUUAAAAAGCUUUAACUAUGAAAACAGAAGCUAUCUAUAUGUAUUCUAUUUUUUGAGGGAAACGUUUUAUUUUGUAAAGUACAUUCACUU